CUGUAAACGACUUGAGCAUGAAAAAGUAAAACAGUUGGUGGUGUAUGUCGUGACUCACGUUAUCCACUUUAUACAACACAUCAAUUUCUAAUUGCUUUAUCAAUGUGAAACUGCAUUUAUUCAUUGUACGUUCAAAUGCCUGUUUGGCAUUUUUUGUUUUAUCUCGCUCAUGACAUUGGCAUUCAUCUGACAUUUGCUCUGUCGUCCGUUAUGUCUCUUCUUCUUUCUGGCUUGCUCCCUCAAAUUCUAGUUACGCAUAUGCCACGAAAACAUAUAAACCGCCUAUUUCGGGUAAAUAUUGUGCUUAUGUUGUUCUAUUCGAGUUAUUUUUUAUUUAUUUGAGUCAAGACAAGUUUUCCCUGCAGUGCACAGAACUAGCAACAGAACUACCCAAGCGCCACAGGAUGGUCGAACGCCGGUUAAGGGUUACAUAGACCUGUAUCUAAUAUGUUCCUUGGGUUUCUGGCAUAAAGCCAUAAAUAUGUCAUUACAAUAAUACCACAACAUUCACAUUAAACAAUCGUUACGCGUUUAGAGUGGUCGAAAGCGUUAAGGAAACGGUAUAAAUUUUAAAUAUGACUUUAAACCAUACACUAUAUACGACAUACAAAAUCCCACUGUACGCUACGGAGUAAGAAGAAGAUGAUACUUUAGAAAGAACUCAAAUGAUCGUCUGAACGCUUGGGUGUCAAUCGCAUCAAAAAUGGCUGUUUCACAAUUGGUGGAGAAGCUAAAGUUUGGCGACAGGUACGUUUUGGUGAAUUUCGUCGUGAAGCCGGUGGAAGAUCCACCGUAUAGCGGCUCCCGGGUGGGGUUUGGAUUUGCGGAGCGAAACAAGUUUCUCUCGAGCGAAAUAUGGCAUUCGUUCGUCUACCCGAAGCUUCUUGAAAUAUUUGACCAAAAUUUGGCUUUGAUUGGUGAAAACCUUGAUCCGGCGUACGAAAAGGAUAAGGAUUAUUACUUGAAAUGUGUCGAGCGUCCCUACCUGGAAAUGAGGGUUAACAUCCGGGAUGGUUCUUAUCGCAACAGAUUGAACAUUUUGUUUCAAGAGGAGCUGAGAAAUUUACACCAAUCCUGCUUUUUUGUUGAAAUUAGAGAUCAAGGGCGUACUUUUGUGGAGAUGAUUAAGCGUCGCGACGAGUUUAUUGACAAACUGUUAGAUGAGAACAAAAGAAUGAAGGCGCAGAUCGCGGCUCAUGAAUCAGGCGCUCCGAAAGACGCUACCGGAGUAGAAGGAAACGAUCCGAAGCCAGUUAAAGAGCACGUGCCCGAGGCUCCGCCCGCCCAUCCAGCCCUUAUCAAAAGAACCUACAAACCGUCAGCCGAUAGCUCCCAACCCGGUCCUUCAUCCGCACCCGACUUUUACACAACGAAAAUUCUCGGUAAAUCUCCAACACGCCAAAACUCACCAAGCGGCUCAACCCUUUCGCUCGAUGCUGUUAGUAGUACGGACAGUGAGAAUGGGCAGAAGCAAGGUUUUUUCACGGAAAGCCCGGACGAGCAGGCGUGUAAAAUGGCAUGGCAGAAAAUGGCAGACAAACGGAAGCAGGAAGACUUGGGAGGGCCGAGCAAAACAAAAAGCCACAAGGCUAAGAAAGUCACAAACAACGAUCAAGAUGAAAAGGAAGAAGAAAAACCUAAAGUGCUCAAUUGCACCGACAUGCCUGAAUCGGAAAUCUUAGCCACAUUUGCCGAUUACAGGCAGGAGCUGCACGAAAUAUUUCUGAAGCACAAAGAUGAACUAGAAGAGCAGUGGAUGGCGAAUAAGGAGCUGGUCGACUAUACAGACGUUGGUCACUUGUUUAAUGAGGAUCAGAAGAUGGCCAUGAUGCAAGUACUGGAAAAUGAAUUUGUGCCAAUUGAACUAAAUGGAAAGUACACUGAAUUUUUUACCUCCACUCUGCUGAUGGAAUGGAUUAUACGUAUUUUCAUGAAGCGGUACAAAUUUACAACUCGCCAAGAGGCCUUAAAACAUAUCAGGAAGCAGGAAGAGGAGGUCCUUGAAUACAUUGCCAGAGAUUGGUAAUAAGCCACCAUAUGUGAUCUGAUCAUGGUUCCUUAACAUUUACAUUUGUUUUACAAAUUUCUCAUUGCCAUUUUUUUGUAUUCAAUAAAUACGGCAGUGCGGCCGUUUUGCUUGCUUGCUUGCUACAUUACCCUUUACGCUUAUCCGCUUCCAUCAAUGCUUAUUGCUUAAAAAAAUCAAAAUAUUAAUAAAAAUUCAAUAGCAAGUAAGGAAAC